AUGAUGUCUCGGUCUAUUUAUGAUGUUCUAUCCAAAGUUGUUUUCCCGAACUUAGGCGAUGAGGUACAUCAUAGUGGCUGGAAUACCUGCUCGUCAUGUCACAGCGAUCCUUCAAAGAAGAGGUCGCAUCUUGUGCUACCAUGCUUGAAUUCUGACCGCAUUUAUGUUGUCAAUGUCGAAAAUGAGCGAGAUCUACGCCUCGAAAUGACAAUUGAGCCUGCGCUUUUGCAUGACUACAACGUCUCAAUGCCGCAUACAGCACAUUGCACCGCUGCUGGUGAUGUCAUUAUCAGCACCCUUGGAGACGCGCAGGGCGAAAACAAAGGUUAUUUUUUGUUCGGAUGGAGUGACAACUACAAAUGGCUUCAUUCUCCACUUAACGAUUGA